AUGAAUAGGCUUUUUGGACGAGGGAAACCAAAAGCACCACCACCGAAUCUCACCGAUGCUAUUGCUAACGUAAGAUUGAGAUCUGUUCGAAAAUCGAAUUCAACAUGUCUGCUAGAACCAUGUAGACCUCGAUGAAAUAUUGUGUUUGUUACAUAUCUAGGUCGACAGUCGAGGAGAAUCCAUAGAGAAAAAAAUUAGUAAACUUGAUGCUGAACUUAUGAAGUACAAAGAUCAAAUGAAGAAAAUGAGGGAUGGACCAUCUAAGGUAUGUUUGGAAAUUGGCUCAUUGGCUCAGGCUUAGUCUGUCUGUAUCAGGUAAUUUUGAUGGUUGUUGAAGUCUAAUCUAACUGUUUAUAACGACUUAUUUAGAUAAAAUUAUAUGCUGUAUAAAAAGAUGUCUUAAAUUUACACUCAUACUCAUUCCUUGUUGGUGAACACCCAUAUAUACAAAUGUUACAGUCAUACCUGCACUUCUUGAUAAACUUGUACUAAAGUUCCAAGGAAUUUCGAAUGUCUCACUGUAGCUUUGAACCACAAGUAAAGGGGUUUGGCACGUAUGUUUGCCUCUGUCUCAGUUCUUUUAAAAAGCAUUUUCGCAUUUUAUGCUGUCAUUGAAAUGGGAAGAGAAGUCAUCAUGGCUUGGAAAAUAUGAGAUUUUACCCAUUUGAAUCUAAACUAGGGAAGUUUUUUGAAAGUGACAAGACAACCCAUGCAGGGUCUGUCUGAGGGACUGGGGGCUUCUUCCAACCCCCCCCAAAAAAAAAAAAAAAAAUAUAGGCAUUAACAAGAUACCUAAUGCUUGUGUUUUGAAGAUUUGAAUUAUCACUCUCCAUGUGUCUUUGUUGUUGUGUCUUUGUUUAGCUUGAAAGAAGCUCACAUAACACCCACACAAGCUGUAUUACAUGGUCUGUCCACCAAAUGUUUCAUUUUCAAUUCUUGUACCCUCCUUGUUCCAUUUGUUUAAUUUUGAAAUCUACCAACUUUUUAAAGAGAUUCUAAUUUAUACAAACAUGCACACACACAUAUAUAUUUAUGCUUAGUACAGAAUUGCUCUUAAUGUUUGGCCUUCUCCCUUUAUGUCAUACAAACACAGUGUAGUAUUUACUUCACAACCUUUACUCAACUUGUUCAAGCUUUGAAUGGUUAUUGAUUACAGAAUAUGAUCAAGCAAAGAGCACUCAGAGUACUGAAACAGAAGAAACAGUAAGUUUACUUGAUUAUAGAUAUUGACACUGUACCAGUGGAAAAGCUGGGAAUAAAGACCAUAGUAAAAUUCUAAAUUAUGAACCUUUUUACUAAAAGAGUCAGUUAUAUCCAGGAGUAAAUCUUCAAACCCUCUUCCAAAGUUUGUCUCUAACUGGUUUGUUGUCCUGAAUAUUAUGUUCAUGGCUUCAAGUAAGUGUAUACACAUUCUAGCUUUCAUUAGAGGUAAAUGUUUCUCUCUCAUGAUGCAUAGAAGAGAUGGGUAAUUUUGAUUGAUGAAGCAAUGAAAUAUGUUUAACUACAAAGGGCAACAAGUUCCUUUCAAAUAAUUAAAUAUUCUUUUGCCCCACCAGAUAUGAAAGUCAACUUGAGAAUCUCCGGCAGCAGUCUUUUAACAUGGAGCAAACAAAUUUUGCAACACAGACAUUAAAAGAUACCAAAACAACUGUAAGUAAUUCUGCUUGUAAAUGAUGCUGGUAUAGAGAAGUUUAAAGUUUGCAAAUGUUUUUGUGAACUUUUAACUUCUAAUUUAUCUUGCUCAUGAUUUGUUUUAAAGCAUUUUUAUGGCAUACAAUUGUAAUAAUCAUUGCCUGUGUUAUUAUCAUUAGUUUUGCAAUGUUUUACUCUUAGGUUGAUGCUAUGAAGUUAGGACUUAAAGAAAUGAAGAAGGAAUACAAGAAAGUGGAUAUUGAUGAAAUUGAGGUAUGGUGAAGUCAAAGUUUUGUGUCUUCAUCAUGAUACUGUUUCCCUCCUAAUGGAAAGAAUUGCUUUUGUUACUUUAAGAUAUUCUAGGCAGGAACGCUGAUAAUAUUUCAUAUUUCAAGCUUGUGAGAUUACUAACCUAUCCAUGAGUCAGUGACAUAUGAGGCAAACCUCUUCAGAAUACAUGCUGUAGUUAUUACUUCUAGCUACAAAGAUUUACUGAAUAGUUUUUAACCUAGCCUUAAAAGAAACAUUCAGAAUAACAAGAUUUCUAGUUCUUAGCAGUUACUCCAGCAGAGUGAUCACUGAUUUAACAUUACAAAAUUAUCAUACCACUAUAAUACCCCCUUUGAAAUACACUUGACUUUAUAUGAAACCUUUUUCAUACUACUGUAAGAAUGAAGAUAUGACCUCCACAAAUAAUAUUAUUUAUGAAAACAUUUUGGACAUUUCAUAACUGUUUCUCAAGGAUCUUCAAGAUGACAUGGCAGACAUGCUUGAGAUUGCUAAUGAAGUUCAAGACACCUUGGGAAGAUCGUAUGGAAUGCCAGAAGACAUUGAUGAGGCUGACCUUGAAGCAGGUUUGCUGUAUCACGUAUUAGCUUGUUAUUUAGUCAGAUGAUUAGUGAAAGCAAUUCUGGGGGGCUUAUAGACCAAGUGAUAAUUGUUUGUCAAAAUUAUGGUGACAUUUUAUACAGAAUUGGAAGCUCUUGGAGAUGACCUGGCUCUAGAUGAAGACACCUCCUACUUAGAUGAAGUUCCAGCUCCAUCAGAUACCUUACCAGGGGAGGGAGAUCAGGAAGGAACAAAAACACAAGUACACUUGUUUAUCAUGUUAAAAAUGAUUGUCAUUGUUUUCAGCCACUCUAUGUCAGUCCCACUCCUGAUAUAAUAUUUUCAAUGGUUAAAUUUGUUAAUGGACUCUGACCGUUCUAUUUCUGAAAAGAAAGAUGUGUGCAAAUUUCCAAGUUAUAACUUCCCUCUAAAAAACUUAAUCCAGCAAUAACUCAUGGUAAUGACUUGUGAAACCUCAGCUUGAUAACUACUGUAUAUCACAUUUCUAAGAGCAAGCCUUCACUGGUUUCUUACAUAAGAGUCUUCUCCAGUUUUGGGUCACUGAUGUUACUUUGGAAUCCAAAAUAUUAUAUUAUGAUAAGCAAGAUUUUUAUAUCAUGCAUAGUUUUAAAAAUUGAAUUUUCUGCAUUUAUGAGGGUCAAUAUAACUCAGUUGAUCCCUGUUGAUUAUGUUUCAUCAGGCCUUUUACUUACAUGGUACAUGUCAUAAACUAGAAUCAAUGUAACUCUUGCUCUGACAAAGGGCUAAUGCUUGAAACAUCAGCUUUUAGUCUCUUUACAGUGUCCAAUUUACAAAAUCAACUUUGUUGAUAAUACUAAAUUACCCUGUUAUACUCUCCCACCGAUGCAGCACCACAAUUUCUUUUAAAACUUACCCCCUUUAUUCUUGCUUUGCUACCUAUGUUACUGAUAAUGGGUUUGGACAAGGGGAGUGCUCAGAACUGAAUCAAUACUUCAAUUGAGUCUUAGGCAAAUGCAAGACAGUAUACAUCUUUCUCUUCCUCCCCAUCCUCAGCCCACCCUCCCUUAUUGAUUGUAGCAAAUUCUGUUUUAACUUGCAUGUAAUUUGCCUUGUUUUGAUCAUCUUUAUUUUUUAAUGAUUUUUUUUUCACUUCUAAUCUGUUUCAGGAUGGAGUACAAGUUGAUGAAUUUGGCCUUCCAGUUCUAGCCAAAAAUUAG